UUACAUAAAAAAAAACAAAUCUUGUCAAAACAAAUCAACUUCAUUUACGUAUCAAAGAGAAUACAAAUACUACGUAAGAUUACGUAUUGUAAAAACUGUUCAAAAUAGUAAAUUGGAUUGCAUUGAUCUACACAAAAAACAAUCAUGUCGCAAACAUUUCUUUUAGAACCAGAUAUAAUAGCGGCAACUGAAAAUGUAAUGCCCGAUCUAAAUAACGAUUUGGUUUUAGCGAAGAAUUUUCUAAAGCAGCAAAGUGCUGCCACUGGAGACACUCUGUACGACCACCUGGUCGACAUAGUACACAAGAUACUGUCCCAACAGCCGCCAGACGUGGUGGAUAACUUCGAACAAUACUCGUGGGCCGUGAAACAGGAGAAAUUCCGACCGAAUUUCGAUCUCCUCAAUGAUGUGUAUCUGUCGCCCCCGCAACUGUCUCUUGUUCGGAGGGUUGACGAGAUGUUUAGGUUGGUGGCGAGCAAGGCGCAGAAGGCAGAUGAGAUGGGUGAGGAAGAGCAAGAGUUGGAUCUCGAGGAAGACAACUUCAAGCCGCGCAUCGCGGACAUGAUCGAUAACAACUUUUAUUUCAGAGAGUGUGGCUUCGGACUCCCGGACAGUGAAUGCUACGCGGUCUACAUUUCGUUGAACAUGCUUGCGAUUAAAGAGCCCGUGUCCACUGUGAGGUUCUUCGGCAAGAUUUUCGGAACAAAAGCAAAUUAUUACGUCGCUGAAACAGAUUUGACAAUAGAAGAGCUUGAUAGAAGAAUUCGAGAAUUUGAAUUGAAAGACAUGCCAGGGGAAGGCGAGGGUUUGGACGAAGCUCGAGCUCAAGAAGCAGAGGAACAGAAGGAAAUAAUGGGAGAAGGGGAGGAAAAAGAUGAGAAACCAAAGGAGCCAGUACCGCCUAAGCUGCCGCCGGAGCCAGUAUCGACGUGGCAGCCACCCGCGCCGAUACCCGUGGAGAGGCCGGGCCAGGGGGUUAACAAAAAGGUGUUCUGGGUGUGUAACAACCCUGGCCAGCAGUGGAUAUGUCUGCCUGACGUCACGCCGGACCAGAUCCGCGUCGCCAGGCUCACCGUGCGCUGCAUGACCGGGGACUUGGAUGCCGAGGUCCAAACAUUCCCGCCAUUCGAGGGUACGGAGCGUAACUACCUGCGUGCACAGAUCGCUCGCAUACAAGCCUCUACGUCCGUCUCGCCGCAGGGCUUCUUCACCUUCGGUUCGGGGGAGGAGGAAGAGGAUAUCGACUUGGAGGAGGGCGGUGGUGACUUGGAUUUCAACCCGAACCCGUUCUACCAGGGGCAUGCGCUGAAGGACCUCCUGGAUCCCAAUCUGACGUAUUGGGUGCACCACGGUCGACACAUACUUAAGCAAGGGCGCACGCUUUGGUGGAACCCUAAUGCUGGCAUGGAGGAAGGUGUAGAAGAAGAGGAAGACGAAGGUCCCCCGCCCGUGGAGCCGGAGUCUGGACCUCCUCUCUUCACAUCCUUGUCAGAGGACGCGAGGGUUGAGGGUCUCAGCGCGUGGAGCGUGCGCACCAGCAGCACACUAGUCCCUGACAGAGCCCUGGCCGUGCUGAGGAGUAAUCUGUGGCCGGGUGCUGUCGCAUUUGCUACUGCUGGGAAGAAAUCAGAAUGUAUGUACAUCGGCUGGGGCCUGAAGUACCAGCCGCCGAACUUCAGCCCUUUGCAGCUGCCGCGGCCGCAGGACGAGUACGUGGUCGGCCCGGAGGUCAUGGAGAUGGCGGACCCCACCUUCGCCGAUGAGGAGGCAUACCGCAUUGCGCACCUGCCUCCACCACCGCCGCCUGAGCUGCCUGGGGAAGGGGAAGUAUUUGGGGAAGAAGAAGAAAUGGAAGACUGAGCAUAAAGAAGAUUGAGAGAUAAAGAUUUAGAUAGAGUUUUGGUCUACAAUGUUCUAAAAUAUUUCUCUUCUAGUUUUAGAGGUGUUGUCAAAGAUCCAUAGACAGAGAGAGGCGAUAAAAGGGAGAGGGGAUGUAAAGAGACAGGUAUUGGCCGUCUAGUCGCAUAGUCUCUAUCCACAUAGCUCAUUCUCCUGGUGUAAUGCUGAUUAGACUAGCAAAUCCUUGCGCAAGAAUUUCAGAUGCAGUUACACUAACAGCAAUAUUUAAUAACAUGCGACUCGCCGCAAGCCCUGCAAGCAAUAAAUUUGCAGAAGUCGGCUUGCCGAGAUUGUGAUGCAGAUUAGAAAAUAUUUCGUUUUUGAACCCUCGGUACAACUCUAAUAAAAUUAUUAUUAUAUAGAUAGUAGUGCAUUUUUUAUA